GUGAGCUCCCCCUUAGCUUGCGUUUGGUACAGCCCACAGCUCCUUUUUGGUAGCUACAGCGUCAGGAACUAGAGCACAACAUGAUGGAGCCCGUAGCCAGGCUGUUCCCCUCAGAGUUAACUUUUUAAUCCCGGUUUUGUCGCGUUAUCGCACACAAGAGACGGAGGAGGUCGGGCAGAGAAAGGGGGCUAAAAACUCAGUCAUGGUACGAGGUUAGCGUUGAAAGUCGGAGCGUCUACUUGCAACUGAAGCACGUUGAUAUUUAACUGUGAGGAAAAGAAGUAGAAGACGAGGGGAAAGGGAAGCCCGGAGAAGCGAGAGAAAAGCGGGGUACAAGAUGCAGCUGGCCGCGGUGCUGUGGGGCUCCCUGAUAACUUUGCUGCUCAGCCAGAGUCCAGGAGUCCAGGGCAGUGCCGAGUGUUCUUGUGGGAGGAACCACUUUACGUGUGCGGUCAGUGCGUUCGGAGAGUGUACCUGCAUCCCCGCCCAGUGGCAGUGUGACGGAGAUAACGACUGCGGGGACCACAGCGACGAGGAUGGAUGCAUGCUUCCGACCUGCUCGCCGCUGGACUUCCACUGCGACAACGGCAAAUGUAUCCGUCGCUCCUGGGUGUGUGACGGAGACAACGACUGCGAGGACGACUCUGACGAACAGGACUGUCCUCCCAGAGAGUGCGAGGAGGACGAGUUUCACUGCCAAAAUGGCUACUGUAUUCGCAGCCUCUGGCACUGUGACGGCGACAACGAUUGCGGGGACAACAGCGAUGAACAGUGCGACAUGCGUAAAUGUUCAGACAAGGAGUUCCGCUGCACAGAUGGCAGUUGUAUCGCUGAGCACUGGUACUGUGAUGGAGACACGGACUGUAAGGACGGAUCAGACGAGGAAAACUGCCCCUCAGAUGUGAUGGCAGCCACCUGCAGCGUGGAGGAGUUCCAGUGUGCAUACGGCCGCUGCAUCCUGGACAUCUACCACUGUGACGGAGACGACGACUGUGGAGACUGGUCGGACGAGUCGGACUGCUCUUCCCACCAGCCCUGCAGAUCGGUAGAAUUCAUGUGCAGCAGCGGGAUGUGCAUCAACGCUGGCUGGAGGUGUGACGGCGAAUUCGACUGUGACGACCAAUCGGACGAGAAGAACUGCACCACGUCCAUGUGCACGGCUGACCAGUUCCGCUGCGGAACUGGACGCUGCGUCCGGUUGUCAUGGAGAUGUGAUGGCGAGCCGGACUGCUCCGACCGCAGUGAUGAAGAGGGCUGUGAGAAAACUGAGAGUCCUCCAUGUGCUCCUGAUCAGUUCCAGUGUGGGAAUGGACGCUGUAUCGGUCAGAGGAAGGUGUGCAAUGAGGUCAACGACUGUGGAGACGGGACUGACGAACACCCACACCACGACUGCCGUCCACGUUCCAGCGAGGGCAACUGUAACCAGAAUAACGGAGGCUGCUCCCAGAAGUGUCAGAUGGUCAGAGGACUGGUCCAGUGCACCUGUCACACUGGAUACCGACUGAUGGACGACGGCAAAGCCUGCCAGGAUGUGGACGAGUGUGCUGAAGAAGGCUACUGCAGCCAGGGCUGUACCAACACAGAGGGGGGGUUCCUGUGCUGGUGCGUUCAGGGCUACGAGCUCCGACCUGACAAGCGCAGCUGCAAAGCUUUGGGCCCGGAGCCCGUGCUGCUGUUUGCCAACCGUAUCGACAUCCGUCAGGUUUUGCCGCAUCGUUCCGAGUACACCCUGCUGCUAAACAACCUGGAGAACGCCAUCGCCCUGGACUUCCACCACAGCCGCGAGCUGGUCUUCUGGUCUGACGUGACACUGGACCGCAUCAUGAAGGCCAACCUCAACGGCUCCAACGUGGAAGAGGUUGUCUCCACCGGUCUGGAGAGCCCAGGUGGACUGGCCAUAGACUGGAUCCAUGACAAGUUGUACUGGACAGACUCUGGGACGUCUCGUAUCGAGGUGGCAAACCUGGACGGGACGCACCGCAAGGUGCUGCUGUGGCAGAACAUGGAGAAGCCCCGAGCCAUCGCGCUGCACCCCAUAGAGGGUAAGAUCUACUGGACAGACUGGGGCAACACACCUCGCAUCGAGUACGCCAACAUGGAUGGCUCCAACCGGCGGGUCAUCGCAGACACACACCUGUUCUGGCCCAACGGCCUCACCAUUGACUAUGCCGGCCGCCGCAUGUACUGGGUGGACGCAAAGCACCAUGUCAUCGAGAGGGCAGACCUGGAUGGACGCAACCGCAAGGCCGUCAUCAGCCAAGGCUUACCCCACCCGUUUGCCAUCACGGUGUUUGAGGACAGCCUGUACUGGACCGACUGGCACACCAAGAGCAUCAACAGUGCCAAUAAAUUCACCGGCAAGAACCAGGAGAUAAUUCGCAACAAGCUGCACUUUCCCAUGGACAUCCACACCCUGCACCCCCAGAGGCAGCCCGCAGGUGGCAGGAACCGCUGUGGCACAAACAACGGAGGCUGCAGCCACCUGUGUCUCCCCAGCAACAAGACGCACACCUGCGCCUGUCCCACCGGCUUCAAGAAGGUGGACCACAACAACUGUGCCAACGGUCUUGACAAGUUCCUGCUUUUUGCCCGAAGGACGGACAUCCGACGAAUCAGCUUCGAUACAGAGGACAUGUCCGAUGAUGUCAUCCCUCUUGCUGACGUGCGCAAUGCCGUGGCGCUGGACUGGGACGCCAAAGACGGCUACCUAUACUGGACGGACGUCACCACCGACUCCAUCAACAGAGCCCUUUGGAACGGCACCAAGCAGGAGGUGGUGGUGGACACCAGUCUGGAGAGCCCAGCAGGUUUGGCGAUUGACUGGGUGACCAACAAGCUCUACUGGACCGAUGCUGGCACGGAUCGUAUCGAGGUUUCUAAUGCCGAUGGGAGCAUGCGGACUGUACUGAUAUGGGAGAACCUGGACCGGCCCAGGGACAUUGUCGUUGACCCGAUUGGAGGUUUCAUGUACUGGACGGACUGGGGGGCCAACCCAAAGAUUGAGCGUGCAGGAAUGGACGCCUCCAGUCGCAUCGUCAUCAUCUCAUCUAAUCUGACUUGGCCCAACGGGCUCGCCAUUGACUACGAGACCAAACGCCUGUACUGGGCCGACGCUGGCAUGAAGACUAUUGAAUUUGGCAACUUCGAUGGUUCUGACCGACAGGUUUUGAUUGGCAGCCAGCUGCCUCACCCCUUUGGCCUGACUGUACACGAGGACAAGCUGUACUGGACAGACUGGCAGUCCAAGAGCAUCCAGAGCGCUGACAAGCUCACCGGCUUGGGACGACUCACACUUGCCGAAAACCUGGAGAACCUCAUGGACAUUCACAUGUUCCACCGACACCGCGAGACAGUGCGUAACCCGUGUGCGGUGAAUAAUGGAGGUUGCAGCCACCUCUGUCUCCUGGCUCCUGCUCCCAAAGCCUCCAGCUGUGCCUGUCCCACCGGGAUCAACCUGCAGACGGAUGGAAAGACCUGCACGCCUGGGAUGAGCAGCUUCCUGAUCUUUGCACGGAGGACGGACAUCAGGAUGGUUUCUUUGGAUAUCCCCUACUUUGCUGAUGUGGUUCUGGCUGUCAACAGCUCCAUGAAAAACACCAUCGCCAUCGGGGUCGACCCCAAAGAAGGAAAGGUCUAUUGGUCUGACAGUACGCUGAAGAAAAUCAGCAGGUCAAACAUCAACGGAAAAGCACAAGAAGACAUCAUAUCUACAGGGUUGGUGACGACCGAUGGCCUGGCGGUGGAUGCUGUCGGCAGGAAGAUCUACUGGACGGACACGGGAACCAACCGCAUCGAGGUCGCCAACCUGGACGGAACCAUGAGGAAAGUUCUCGUCUGGCAAAACCUGGACAGCCCUCGAGCCAUCGCCCUCUACAAUGAGAUGGGUUAUAUGUACUGGACAGACUGGGGAGAGCACGCUAAGCUGGAACGCUCAGCAAUGGAUGGUUCAGACCGCGUGGUCCUCAUCAGCAACAACCUGGGCUGGCCCAACGGCCUGGCCAUCGACAUGGCCGGCUCACAGUUACUGUGGGCCGACGCUCACACUGAGCGCAUCGAGGCGGCCGACCUGAACGGACAGAAUCGCCACACCCUGGUGACUCCAGUCCAGCACCCGUACGGUUUAACCCUGCUGGGGUCCCACAUCUACUGGACCGACUGGCAGAGCCGCAGCAUCCAGCGAGCUGACAAGAACACCGGGACCAACACCAUCACGGUGCGAGCCAACCUGCCGGGCCUGAUGGACAUCCAGGCCGUGGACCGGGAGAGGCCACUGGGUUUUAAUAAAUGUGGCAGGAGGAACGGGGGCUGCACCCACCUGUGCCUGCCUCGUCCCAAUGAUACAUCCUGCGCCUGUCCCACCGGCAUCCUGCUCAAGGGAGACGGCAGGUCGUGUGACGACUCCCCCGAGUCCUUCCUGCUCUUCUCCAACCGCGUCAGUGUGCGUAGAAUCUCCCUCGACACCAACGACCACACCGAUGUGCACGUACCGGUGCCCGAGCUGCACAACGUCAUCUCGCUGGACUACGACAGCGUGGACGGAAAACUCUACUACACCGAUGUCACCCUGGAUGUCAUAAGGCGUGCAAACCUAGACGGCAGUGGCAUGGAGACUGUGAUCAGCCAGGGCCUGAAGACCACAGAUGGUCUGGCUGUAGACUGGGUGGCCAGGAACAUGUACUGGACCGACACCGGGCGCAACACUAUCGAGGUGGCCCGCCUGGAUGGAACGAGCCGCAAAGUCCUGGUCAACAACAGUUUGGACGAACCCCGAGCCAUCGCAGUGUUCCCAAGCAAAGGGUUCCUGUUCUGGACUGACUGGGGUCACAUCGCAAAGAUUGAGCGAUCUCACCUGGACGGCUCGGACCGAAAGGUUCUGAUCAACACCGACCUGGGCUGGCCCAACGGUCUCACACUAGACUACGACACACGAAGGAUUUUCUGGGUGGACGCGCACUUGGACAGGAUAGAGAGUUCAGACCUCAACGGGAAACUGCGCCAGGUCCUCGUCAGCCCGGUGUCCCACCCGUUCGCCCUCACACAGUUGAAGCCGGUGUCCUCCCCUCUAACUCCUUUCUCCCGACUCUCGCAGCAAGACCGCUGGAUCUACUGGACGGACUGGCAGACUAAGUCCAUCCAGCGGGUGGACAAACACACCGGCCGUAACAAGGAAACCGUGCUGGCCAACGUGGAGGGCCUCAUGGACAUUAUAGUGGUAUCGCCUCACAGACAGACAGGGACCAAUCUCUGUGGGGUGAACAAUGGCGGCUGCACUCACCUCUGCUUUGCCAAGACCAACAGUUUUGUGUGUGCCUGCCCUGAUGAACCAGAUGGGCGACCCUGCUCCACCAUUUCAGGUUACGUCCCCACCUCUCCUGCCAGGGGAACCAGCAGCACUCCUGUCCCCAACAAGAUCCCCAAAGCCCCAACAGACACUCCACGUGGAGGAUCAUCACCGGUCAACUGCACUGGCAAGAACCUAAACGUAGAAGGCUGCUUGAGCAACGUGGUGACGGCUCCUCACGGAGAAGGACUCCAUAUCAGCUAUGUGAUCGGUGGAGUUCUGACCAUCCUGGCUAUUCUCAUCCUCAUUGCUGCUUUGAUCAUCUACAGACAUAAAAAGUCAAAGUUUGCUGACCCGGGAGUGAGCAACUUGACCUACAGUAAUCCCUCGUAUCGGACGUCCACACAAGAGGUCAAGAUUGAGGCGUCGCAAAAGCCUCCAAUAUACAACCAGCUUCGAUAUAAGAAAGAGGGGGGAGUGGACGGAGGCUACACCAAGGAGAAGAUCCGCAUUGUGGAGGGUGUGUGUCUCCUGUCCAAUGAGGAGCUUUACUGGGACGACCUGAAACAGAUCAAGCCGUCCCGCGGCGGCUUGCACACCUGCAUGCGUACAGACACCGUGUCCCUGCAGGCCAGCAGUGCUUCGCUGGAUGAUGGCGAAACGGAGCAGCUCCUCCAGGAGGAAGCUUCCGAAUGCUCCUCCAUAACCACUCUGACCCCCUCAGCCAUCACCCCGCAGCGCCACGCCCAGCACAGCCUCCCCGACACCGGCUGGGCCUCCACGCGCAAGCCCUCCACCGAGAGCGAAGUGUGAGGGAGGACCCCUGCCCUCUGUGCUUUAUCUCAACCUCCGUUACCUGAUACACACACACACACACACACACACACCUGUAUUUAAAGCUGGUACAAACACACAAAGAUAAAUAGGUACAAGCGGUAACAGUUGCAUAGUAAAGUAAGGGUACAAAUGAACCUGGUUAGACACAACUAAGCUCCCAUAAACACAACUCCUGUCUGAAACUGGGGCUCCGUCCUACUUGUGUUAAAAUCAAACAGAAACACACACACACACGCACGCACACCUGCAGUACAGUCCCUCAACAGUUCCCUCAGUGCUACUGCCUUUAGGCAAAAUGAUAAACUAAUGAGCAUGCUGGAAUAAGAAAGCAAAGGACUCUGGGGAGGAAGUGAACGGAGACACAGGCGUUAUUUGGAGCCUUUUUAAAAGGAUGCAGACUCUCGAUGCGACAAACGCUUCUGUGUACAACUUCACCUUUUAUUUUUUUUGUGAUUUUUUUUUCUUUUUUCAAUGUAACCCCGAUGCUCCCUCUAAUGCCACUCAUGUCUUUAUGAACUCUAUUUAUGAACGUUUUUGUACUUGUGGAGUGGGUUUGCCGACUUUCAGAAAAUGGCGAGAGUGUUGUGUUAGAGACUUUGUGCCGCACGACCCGGGGAUUCAGGAGUUGUAUUUAUGACAGUGCCAAAGGGUGGGGAUUCACAGUCUCCAUGCUUCUUUCAGCAUUUACACUUCGACAGAAUUGUAUCUUAAUUGUGGGAUGUUUCUUCUGUUUGACUUCACUGACUUGCCCUCGCCGGUGGGAGACCUCAGUGAUGACACCGCCUGCUUCUUCUUCUGUAUUUUACAGCCUCCAACUGGUCAUGCAAGGGCUUACUGUAGCUGGUACUCUCAGUCGGUUGCAGAAGUCCAUUCAUCCUUUGCAAAAAUAUACUGAAAGGAGCCCUUUUUUAUUUUAUUUUUUAAAGUUGUAAUUCAGCCAUUGCUGAUCCUCUGGCAUAGCAGAGGAUCCCACGAUGAAGUAACAGCCUAAGUGCCAAACAUUUUGUUCUUUUUCCUCCUUCAGCUGCGUAAUAAUUUUUUUUUCUCACUCCGAGGUUUUAAAACCAUCGGACAUGUACCACUAUGGAUAUUCGGCCAUGCAGAUGGUUGUGGUUUUAUUUACCCAGGUGUUAGACAUAUGUCUUUUUUUGUAACUAGCCUCUCAAUGCAAUCUCUCAUUGAGUGUUUCUUUCAUUGGUCUUCCUAAAAAAAAAAGACAAACCUGUUCCUGGGGUUUACUAUCCAGAUAAAUCAUCAUCUACGACGGCACUUACUAUUAGAAUUUGAAACUCUCUGAUUUAUUUAUUUUAGCACUAAAACAAAACAAACAUGUCCCUUGAAUUUCCCAUUGACAUAUGGAAUUUCCUGCAUGUAUUACGCAUUGUCAUCAUCAUUGUUAGCUCAUCCUCAUGCUAUCCACCCACAUUCUUUAUUAUUAUAACGUCAUCUCUCCACCCUUUGUAGCUCUAAUCUCACCUGGCUAAAAACAGAAAUACGCCAUUCGGCCCUGGCUUGUCCAUUCUUAUACCUCCCACUUUGACCCAAAAUAGCCUUGCUUGUAUGGAAUUGUGUUGUUUUUAUUUUUUUUUUCUAAUUCGGCAAAGAAACCUAAAUAUAAAAUGAACAACGAUACUACAUCGUGUUUAAAAAAAAAAUGAAUUAAAAAAAGUCUGUUUUAACUAAUUGACUAAAACACGAUAGUGUUGAGAAGAAGGGAGGGGAGAGAGGUUAUGUUGUAAUGUUAUGUUGUUAGCUUUUAAAAUAUUUGCUACACCACAUAUGACAAAUGUCAUUUUUGUGAAUUACAUUUUCUUAUUUCUGAAACAUAAUCCCAAAAUGUCACUUUGGCUGUAUGUUGUAUUGGGGUAGGGGACGGCAUCAGAGGUGAAUAUAUCAGCAACUUGACACAUAACCAAAAGUAUCUGCAUGGCCCAACAACCACCGGAGGUACAUGAGAUGUUAUAUUUGUGAUUUGAGUUUUGAUCCAUCAACUCUAAAUCUGUAUGUCUGCAUGUCCCCCCCUCCCCAUCAGACAGUGAGGGUUAAAGUUUAGAAAUGUGUCACUGACAACUUAGUGAAAAAAAUUAAUUUAAUACAAAUUAAGGUAUUAUGCAUUGCUUUAACUUGUAGAGUACCGUUCUGUCUGUUGUUGAAAUAUGGUACAAGGAAAUACUAUAUUGCUAUAUUGACAAAUAUAUCGGUUAGACUUUAUAGAACCAUGUAUUUUGAAGUACCUGCUACAAGCUCAGCAACUUGCUGAUUUGCUGCUAGACGAAGCACUGAGGCCAAUGAAAGAGGGUCUUGGCAGCUACAUAACUACGGUCUCUGAUGGUCAGUUAACAGCAGGCCUACAGAGCAUCCCAGUGACCCAGUAACCGAUCCCCCACCCCUCCGGCUCACAGCCCCUCCAACUCUGCUGCAGGAAUGCUGUACAGAUUGUAUCAUGCGGAUAUAAGCAAAAGUUUCUGUUGAAGAUAUUGUUGUUUUUAAGUUGUAUAGUCUUUUGUACAAAGGGAUUUCAUGACCGUUUUUAGACUUGUAUUAAUUUUACUCACUGGAGAAGAACAUUAUUUUUAUUUUAUUUUUGUUGCUGGAUUAUUUUAACCACUGUGUUUUCCAAGCCUUGUAAAUGAUAGGGAAGAUGCCAGUUAUUUAAUAGUGCCCUUUUAUCUCAUGAAAUACUGGUCGCCUAAUAGCUGUUGUAAAGUUAACAAAAAGAGGUAUUUAUGAUUUCUGUUUGGUUGUCACUUGAUGUGUAAAUAUGAAAAGACUGUAUAUGUAUUUCCAUGGCAGUACUAACAAGCUGUGUUGUGUGAUAUAGUGAAUGAUCCCUUUGCUAUCUUUUAAUAUAAAAUUGCAUUCGCAUUUCAAUGAAA